AUGUCUUCCAUCACCGACUAUAUCGAUCUCUCCCAGCCCAGUCUGCAGAUCUCUGCACUGGCCAUUGCUUUUAACCCAAUCUUCUGGAACAUUGUCGCGCGACAGGAAUACAAGAACCACUUCUUAACACGCAUCUUCGGUAGUCCUUACUAUGGGUGCUACUUCCUCGCCAUCGUGAUCUUCUCUCUAGGCAUUCUCCGUGACCAUUUAUACCUCCAAGCCCUCCAGGACCAGCCCUUCUACGAACCUGUCCACCAGCCCUACAUCGCCUAUGGCCUGUUCGCUACCGGUAACGUCCUCGUUCUCUCGAGCAUGUGGGCACUCGGUGUUACUGGUACCUAUCUCGGAGAUUACUUUGGUAUCCUGAUGGAUGCACCUGUUACUGGGUUUCCGUUUAAUGUUACCGGUUCGCCUAUGUACUGGGGUAGCACGUUGAGUUUCUUGGGUACUUCUUUGUACUAUGGAAAGGUCGCGGGUCUGCUUUUAACGCUCGAAGUGUUUGUGCUCUAUUGGUUUGCAUUGCGAUGGGAAGACCCAUUCACCGCUGAAAUCUAUGCCAAACGCGAGCGCGAGAGGGCCAAAGCCGCCAAGAGUUCAUAA